AUGCUGGUUGAAGGUAUUCGUGAUAUUCAUGAUAGAGGCUAUGUUCAUUGUGAUCUCAGGCCAGAAAAUAUCCUUGUUUAUUCUGAUAUGUAUGGUUCUAUUAGAAGUCUAAAGAUUGCUGAUUUUGGCCCGACUAUUGGACCUGGAGAAAAAGAUACGACAGAGUUAGAGCCUUGGAUGCUAGAUUUUCCAGGAACAGCAGUUUACAUGCCACCUGAAUCUGUUACUGAUGAGAAAAUCAGAGCUGCGCUAUAUAUAUGGUCGCUAGUGUGCAUUUUUCGUGAGAAGAUCACCGGGAAACUACCAUGGGAAUAG